GAACGGAGAGAGAGAGAGAGAGAACGGGUGGAGGGUAGAGAACGGGAGAGAGCGUUCCGCCAUGCCGACGUCGUGGGAGAAAGACAGCGGGAAAGAGAACGCCAGAGAGCUUGCGCAAGCUUCGACCCGCCGCAGCUCCGAUCGGCGGACGGCGGUUAAGCCAGCCGCACGUUCCGAGUUUUCGUGCCAGCAGUCGACUCGCAGCCUGGCUUUCCAACUGGCACGUUGGAGUGCUUUCUCGUACUGUGCCCUCUCGUUCCCUCGUCUCGUCCCUCUCCUCUUCUCCCCCGCGGUCUCUCCUUUCCCCUCGUAAUUUCUCUUUAUCUCUCUUUAUCUGUCUCUCUUCUCUCUUUCUCUUUUUUCUCUUUAUAUAUCUCUCCAUUCUUUAUCCCCGAGUCUCAAUUCCACUCUCCGCGACAUGACGCGUUGAUGAUCUACGCGCUGCUGGAAGCAGCGGAAGCAGUGCUCGUUCGGGACUAAAAACCACCACCGCCGUGCCGGUGGUGGUCCAUCACGAGAUUCAAUUCCGAGCAGCAUCCUCCUCGAAGCGUCCUUCGGAGCUUUAUGUGCGUCAGUGCGCGGUUAAAAAUCGCGGGAGAAACUGUGCCAGGCGACGUCGUGGUCGAUACGUCAAGGACGACGAUGAUGUAAAUCCCGGUACGCAAACGGUUCGCUCGAAAAGUCGCCUGUCCUGAUGAGAGAGAAGAUGGCAUACUCGAGGGGACCCGCGUGGAGGAUGUCGCGUCGGUGAUUCCGAUCGGCAGCGAGAACUAUAGGCUCUCCGAGGAUCGUCGGAGAAAUUGGAGUAAUCAGGGAGCAUGAGAAUGUUAUGGUAAAGGUAGUUCUCGACGGGAGAGGCAAAUGGAGAUAAGAGGAGAGAAAGCGGAGGUAUUUUGACAGCCUCGGCACUUGUCCCGGGAAUGCCUCGAAUGCCUGUGCCGGUACUCCUCGGUAGCUGGGGCUGGGGAUUUUUCGCCAUAUUCCUCCUGCUUCUGGCCACCCCCAGUCCCGCUGCCAUUCGCAGAGCGGACCGAGGCCACUGCAACAAGACAGUGGACAUUUACGAAGAUGUGUCGAGCCCGGCGGUGACCCCAGCGAACUGGGGUAAGCCCCUCUCGUGCUGGUACCGUUUCCGUGCCUUUCGCGGAACGCCCCGGGACUGGAUUCUGCGGGUGCGCUUCAAGAAGUUUAAGGUCGGGGUGCUGGAGAACGCCACCACCUGCAGCGGCGGUUAUCUGCAGAUCAUAGACGGCAACACGAAGACCGAGGUGAGCAAUCGCAAGGACCCGGGGGUCUACUGCGGCGAGUCCGAGCAGCCGCAGACCUUCAUCAGCGAGACCAGUUUCGUGCGGGUGAUCUUCCACGCGGACAACUUCACCGAUCAGACGUACUUCAGCUUCGACUCGCGCGCCGAACCGCAGUUCGAGGUGUAUCUCAGAUACGGCCAGCACCCGGAGCUCUAUCCGAAUCGUCGCGGCGAGGUCGUGCCGGGCAGCUAUUGCGAGCGCGUCUUCAAGGACUGUCGACUGCAGACGUGCUACGUGCAGAGCCCGGCUUAUCCCGGCAUCUAUCCGCGCGCGUUGCACUGCAAGUAUCGCCUGAACACCCGGCUGCCCUUCAUCAAGCUCUACAUCGAGAACGAGGAGUUCAACAUCGACGGACAGCGAUGCGAGAACAUCAUGACGUGCCCGAUGCGGCCGAUCAGUUCCGGCUCGGAGCAUUGCCCGUACGAUUACAUACGCGUGUACGACGGUAAGAACGAGAGCAGCCCGGUGAUCGGCACCUUCUGCGGCAUGGGCAAAUUCCCGUACAGCAUCAUCGGCACCAGCGAGGAUCUUUACGUGGAGUUCGUGUCGUCGCCAGCCGGACCGUUGCUCAACACCGGAUUUCACUUCAACGUGGGCAACUGGCCCGGUCACGUGGAAACCGCGGGCGUGAAAAACGGCAGCUGCGACUGGCUGCUGAAUAGUGAGUCUCUCGUGAGCGGUAACGAGGGCAUUUUUCUCUCGGUCGCGCACUGGUACCCGCCGCACACCAGCUGCACGUAUCUGCUACGCGGUCGACCCGGCGAAAUCGCACGUCUCUAUUUCCCUAGCUUCCGCGUGAAUCGUAUCGAGUCGCCGAUCCAGCCUUACGACGGCGACUGCGGCGAGAGUCUGACGCUCUACGACGCCGACUGGCCGGACGACGCCCGGAUCAUCAAGACCUUCUGCGACACUUUCAGCAAACCGAUGGAGAAACACGAUUUCGUCUCGACGUCAAACGCGCUGUUCGUGCGAUUCGAAAGCAAGACCGGCAGUUAUUCCGGCAGCUCGCUCUAUUACUGGGCCCACUACGAUUUCUUCAACGCGACAAGAUUCGGCGAGCCGACGCCCGGUACCGAGUGCGACGAGGUCUUCGCCUCGUGGAAGACGCGCUCGGGUCGUCUACGAUCGCCGUUGAAUACCUUGGUUUACAAACGACCGGGAGACCCGCCCGCCGAUCUGUCCUGCACCUAUAGCUUCAUCACGGACAAACGGUUGUUCGCGCGCGUGAUUCUGGUGAUAGAGUCGAUCAACUUUAAGGAGCACCCGUACGCCCAGUGCGGCCACUGUUGGGACAGUCGGGUGGACCGGGUGAUAAUCCGGGAGCCUAAUCCGGAUGGGAUCAAGGGUCACUGCCUUUGUCGGACCAACAACAACGGCACUCCGGCGCCCACGACCUCGACGCCAGUAUCGCGACCGCCCGUCCUCAGGAUCGUCUCUCGGGGCGAAAGAUUGGAUCUGAAGCUUCAUGUGGACGGCGCGCACGCAGCAGCGAGCUACUUCAAGUGGCCCGCGCCGCUCUUCGAGGCGAGAUACGAGUUCGCGCACAGUCCCCUGUGCGGACCCGCGCUUCUGCCGCCUGCCACCGACGGCGAGAUCGAGUUUCCGCAUUACGAGGCGCUGGGAUACGUCACGCCGCCGAGAUCCAUCAAGUGUAUCUGGGAAUUACGGGUGAACCGCGAGCGCGAUCUCUGGCUGCACUUCGACAAGAUCAAGUUCGCGUCGCGCUCCUGCGAGGACGGCAAGCUCGAGAUCUUCCUGCCGGGGAACGUCGAGCCGUAUCUCGGUAUCUGCGGCGAGAAUGUCAGCUACGUGAGAGAGAUGCCAAUUAUUUCAGCGGCGCUCAUAGCACCGCCGAUGGAUCAUCAGGCGCCGAACGGUGACGUCGUCGAGGAAUCGCCUGCCGUGAUUAUACAGUUUACGGGGUCCAUGGCGCCGGCCCGGGCGGCCUUCAAGAUUGCCUGGACCGAGCUCUUUCAUUUACCAAGAGACGGAUCCGGAGCCCUCAACACCGGCAAAUUGGAGGACUGUGCCUUCCAGUGUCCCGGCGAUGCAGGCUGUAUCCCGUUAAGAUUGGUGUGCAAUGGCGUGGUGAACUGUCCCAGUCGCAUCUUGCCCUUGCCGGGUAUUCUGAAUGGCACCUUCUACGAGCCGGAUGACGAGUCAGUGGAGACGUGCGGCGGUCCUGUCAGCGGUAACGGCGGCGGUUUCGCCGGACCUGCCGGCUGGGCUGGCGCCGGCUUAGGCGCCGGCCUCGCUAUUCUCUUGGGUCUGGCGUGCUUCAUCGCCAUGUGCAGACUUUGUAGAAGACGAUCGCGCUCCAGGGACAUACACGUGCCCUAUUAGGAGGCGCGAUCGUGCCUCUGCGAGUAUAUGCACGAUCUCGGAGAAUGCAGAGGUCUAAGAGCUGAAUUUAUAAUCGUUUCUCGAGGAAUUAAGAUUGCUUCUUUAUACCCGUAUGCAUAUUUGUGUAUAUGCAUAUAGGUGUAUGAACAAGAAAUCUGUAUUUCUGGAGAGAGGCGUCUGCGCGGUGUUUUAAUUUUUUAAACGUCGCUUGGACGUCUUUAAGCCGGCUGCAUCAACGUUGCUCGACGUUGUUAAUUUCGGUUAAAUAAAUUUUCUUUCUCCGACUAUAUCAUAGGUAAGAUUAUAAUCUAGAGAUGAGUAGAGCGAAUCCCUGAGGCAAGGGAUUAUUUAACCCGUCGAGAGAUCGUUGGUGCAUUCGCGUUUAAGACCUCUGUGUUAUUUGAGAAAUGAUAGGAAAUGAUCGAGAAGCAUGCUCUUUCUCGAGAUUCAUCGAGGUGAAAGAGGUGUUAUUCCGUGCUGCUCCAAACGACGGGCCCGACAUUACAAAUAAUACUCUCAAUAUGAUGCUUUCGGGUCUAAUAAAUGUCGAGUUUGCUCAUUGAUUGCGAGAGGUUGACUCCCGGAUCUUUACUACUCUAUCGCGGUGUUCAAGUAUUACUAUACUGUCUGUCAAUGCCGAUCCCAUGUUCUGUCGGUCUUCUAUUUACACUCUUUGCGGAACACUAAUAGUCCAUACAUUAUCCUCCUCUUACAGCAACGACGAAGUUCUAACCGAAGCUGUAUUUACCACUGCCGCGUUAUACUCGUCGUAUUGUCAUCGCGUCUUCUCUACACACACUGCCAUAGACAUAUAGAACUUCAUACAUAGCCCUCGUCUCGAUCGUUCUCCAUAAUGUCGUUCGCGAGAAAGAUCGUAGAUUCGUGGUGAUCGGGUUAUUUCCGUCGCUGAUUGUACGAGCGGCGAUAGCUUCGUUUCUAGCGAUAGCAAGACACCCGCGAGAUGUGGGUAGCUUCAGCGACACGCGCCGAAGCAUUUUUAUAUUUUUAUUAUCUCGUUCCUCUAAUCUAAUUAUAGAAUCUCGUCAAUAAUCAGCAUCGAAGUCCGACAAUAAUGAGUUCGAAACGUUAGGAGGAAAGAAGAGAUAGAUUAGAUUAAGUUAGAUUAAGUUUUAAAUGAUUACUAUUGUUUUUUGAAAAUAUAUUAAGAUAAUUAAUAAUUAAAUAUUUCUAUAUUAUGAUAUAUUAAAUAUUUUUUGUAAUUAAUUAAUUAUGUCGUAUUGUAUCAUAUAUAUUUUAUACUGUAUUUAUUGUGGUUUAUUUGUCAGGCGGCAAUAUAUUGCUAUCGCUAGAAAAUCCGCGGAGGGUAGGCAUGAAUCCUCAUUUCCUUUGUCGCUCGUACGGAUGCAAAUCAGCGAGCCGAUCGUCGUAGAUUCCGACUUCGGGAUAUAGUCCUUAGCGGUUGCUCAAAGUUGUCCUGCUUCGUGAACUCUCGAGAGAAACUCGUCGCGAGCAAGAUACAAUUAAAUUGACUUAAAAUACAACAGAAAUGGCGGGAACGACGGAAAUCGAUAGUACAUCUAGUAAUUGUGGCUUCUGACGGGUCGUGACACGCCUUGUCGAUUUAACAUCUUGAGGUUCGGCGACGGUAUCGAAUAUAAUAUAUACACGUACACAUAUAUAUGUAUAUUACAUUCGAUAUAUAUAUAUAGGUAUAUAUAAUCGCUCUAGUGUGCACGUUGGAGAAAGAAAAAGAGAGGAGAAAUAGGAAGUGAGAAGAGUUAUGAUUCGCCGAUUCGCAAGAUGUCUGGACUCUAUGACACCGAAUGAGCGUGCCUACUAAAAUAUGCAGCUAUUAUGAUGCAUGUGAUCGUCGACAGUGCAAACAGUUUGUAUAUAAUAAGGCAAAGGUUAGAAGGAGGUUUGUAAAACCGAUCGCUUUUUAGAAAUAAACCGGUACGCUAGGUGAGACAGAGAAAUAAUAAAAUAAAAUAAAACAAAAGUAAAUAAAGAACGCCGGCUAUCGCAGCGAUAAGGGAUCCCGUUAAUUCGAUACUCGUUGGUUGGCCCUUCUCCACAGGGGGGGGAGGGGGGCUAUUAUAAUUAGGACAAGAAACAGACUCGGAAACUUGGCCCGCCGCCCCCGGCGGGGCUGCCGCGCUCUAGGAACGAUGUUUGUUUGUAUAUAGGGAAACAUUUAUGUAGGUUUAGCGACAAUCUCAAUAGCGGAUACACACAUCCACACGGAUGUCCACAUUCACACGACACGCACACCGACCGAGCGAUGCGGUAUUAAGCGCAUUAUUAACGAGCGCAGUUAUCUUUAAUCGACGGUAUAACGAUUAUCUUACUACGACAUGUAAUUGCGAUAAUAAUUAUUAUCAUGAUUACUAUAUUUUUUACUAAUAAAGAGCAUCCUUGGAGUCGAGGAAAAA